AUGCGAAGAUUGGAAUGGGAUAACAUGGGAGUGAAAAUUGACGACCGACAUUUACACCAUCUUCGUUUCGCUAAUAACACCGUUCUUAUAAAAUCAAGCAUCAAGCAGGCGGAACGGAUACUGGCCGACCUUGAUGAAACGUGUAAAAAGAUCAGUCUUCAGCUGAACCUAGACGAGACGAUGUUUAUGAGGAACGGAUGGGUUUCUGAUGCCCCAUUCACGCUCAACGGAACGAAUAUGUCCGAUUGCUUUAGCGAUGUAUAUCUAGGUCGGGAAAUCAACAUGAAGAACGACCUGAGCUCCGAGAUGGCGAGGGGGACAUGA